CGGUAGAAUGGAGGAAAGAUACGUUUUGUUAGAAUAAUAUAUUUCAUUCCGGAGUAUUAGGAAAACAGAAAAACAGGACAUUUCAACUGCAGAUAUUAUUGACCAAUAAACCUGCCAUUCCAGGAGCACAGCAUCUGAGUAGAGGAAUUUGGGAUGCUGAUUCUGGACAUAAUGCAAACAUCCAAUUGAACACAAACUGCUGUUAAAAAUGUCUGACCUGGAAGACUUCAGCAGGACAGGAGGACAGGGAAAUAUAUCAGACAGUUACCAGGUUAACCCAACCAGUGUGAUCGUGUCGGUGGUCUUCUCCCUCAUUUUCCUACUGGGCACCAUUGGGAACAGCCUUGUGUUGGCAGUGCUACUGCGCAGUGGCCAGGUGGGAUACAACACCACCAACCUGUUCAUCCUCAAUCUGAGCGUGGCCGACUUCUUCUUCAUCAUCUUCUGUGUGCCUUUUCAAGCCACCAUUUACUCCCUGGAAGGUUGGGUGUUUGGCUCUUUCAUGUGCAAGGUGGUCCACUUCUUUAUCAACCUCACCAUGUACGCCAGCAGUUUCACGCUUGCUGCAGUGUCGGUCGAUAGGUAUCUGGCCAUUCGCUACCCUCUGCGUUCCCGAGAACUAAGAACACCCUGUAAUGCUGUCGUUGCCAUGGUAGUCAUCUGGGGUCUCUCGCUGAUCUUUGCAGGACCGUAUCUAAGCUACUACGACCUCAUUGAUUUUGCCAAUAGCAACGUGUGUGUCCCUGGCUGGCAAGAGCACAACCGUAAGGUGCUUGACACGUGCACCUUUGUUUUUGGUUAUGUGAUUCCUGUACUCAUCGUAAGCCUGUCCUAUACCAGAACCAUCAAGUACCUGUGGACAGCUGUGGACCCGUUGGACGGAAUGUCAGAGUCAAAAAGAGCCAAGCGCAAGGUGACAAAAAUGAUCAUCAUUGUAACUGUGCUUUUCUGCAUAUGCUGGCUGCCGUACCAUGUAGUCAUACUUUGUUACCUCUAUGGAGAUUUUCCCUUCAACCAGACCACGUACGCCUUUAGGAUAUUGUCUCACUGCAUGGCUUAUGCUAACUCCUGCCUCAAUCCCAUUGUGUAUGCUUUGGUAUCCAAGCAUUUUCGCAAAGGCUUUAAGAAAGUGUUCAGCUGUAUCCUCAGCAAGAAUGGACGGAACAAAGUUCACGUGGUUCAUGUAGCCAACACUGUGCCUGGAUUUGAAGCAGGGUCAACAGAAGUGUCUCAGAUGAAUGAGGAAAACAUACGACAGAACGAUUGUGAAAUGACUAACAGGCCCAUCGCUGAACCUAGGGAGGCCACAAUGACUUUAAACUUGCCAUUUCAAAAGCAACCCUAAAUGUCAAAGAGUUAUGUGCUUAUUGCCUUAUUAUCCCUCCAAAGUGGGAUAUUUGAUGUUAUCUGGACGGAAAAUAUGUUUUCAAGUAUGCAGUCUGAGUCAUAAUCCUCUAAAAGGAUUAAGUUUUGUUGCUAUUG